GCCGGAACUUUUUACCUCAGUUUCAGUGGAGAGGCGGAGCGGAAGUGGCGAGGCGGUCCGCUCGUGUUUUGCGUCCCCCUCCCUGUGAUAAGCCCUGCGGCGGCGAGGCCCUGCUGGACCUUCAUGCCAGGGUUUGAGUUGGCGCCGGCGGACGGGGGUUGCCCCGUGGUGCUGCCGCCUGGGGAGACAGUGAUAGGAAGAGGUGCCCUGCUGGGAAUUACAGAUAAAAGAGUAUCCAGGAAACACGCUAUUCUGAAAGUAGUUGGUGACCAGCUUAGCAUCAAACCGGUCCAUAUAAACCCCUGUUUUUAUCAGUCGACUGAAAAUGACCAACUAUUGCCAAUGGAUACUGAUAGAUGGCAUCAGCUGAGUCCAGGUGACAGAUUUUCCCUGCUAGUAGACAAAUAUAUCUUCAGGGUUCUCUUCAUUUCUUCAGAGGGAGAAAGUCUGCUAAGGAGAAAUGGGAACCUCUGUGUAAAAGACAUACCAAAUCGACCUACCUCAUCACUUCAGCAAACCAAGAUGCCUCGCGGACAGCCUUCAUCACAGCAAACAACAUCCUCCAACAAGAGCCAACUUUUGGAAGUAAAUUCACGAUUAGAAGAAGCAGCGGAAAUCCCAAAGAAGUUUUCUGCUAGCAUUUCUGAAAAUGAAGAAGUAAGACUUCUUCAAAGGAGAAGAGUGCUUCCAGCAUGGAUGCUGCAAGCAGACAUAAUAGUCCAAAGUUCAUCAGCCUCAGGUUCAGGAAGAGGAAAUAGUAGAGAAAUAAAACAAAGUCCAGGGAAAAAGCGAAAAAGGACUGAAAAUGAAGAUGCUGCCCUUGCUACACAGGAUAUAAAACAUCUAUCUGCUGAACCUAUUGUGAGAAAAAUGGAAAAGAAUGAAAGCAAAAUGUUACCCCAAAGAGCUGUAAGUCCUACAGGGCAAUGUAAUCGUCAACUUCAUAAUGAAGAGUUACAGCUCAACACAGAUGGACUCGCUUGCCAGCCUGCUGAAAUGGAUACAACUAAUAAAAAUGAAAACAGUUUGGAGAAUGUUAAAUGUAAUUCUGAGCAAUUUCAUCAGGACAUGUCACAAACUCCGGUUCACCAGGGUGAGAUUCAAGAGCUUCUUCUCAAUCCGUCUACCGAAACAAGCAUUUCUAAUGUAACUGGAAAUCAAGAUGUACCACAAAAUACUAACAAAACCGGACACCAGAGGACAGCUUGCCUCUAUGGGAGAAGCUGCUACAGGAAAAAUCCUAUACAUUUUCAGCAGUUCAGUCACCCCGGAGAUAGUGACUAUCAUGAUACGGAAUCUGUAACUCAAGCUGAAAAUGAUAACAGACCUGAAUGCCCUUAUGGAACUGCUUGCUACAGGAAAAAUCCACAGCACAAGCUGGAAUACAAACACACUGUGCCACCAGAACCUGAGAGGAGGCAGACAAGACCGAAGGCUAUUAAAAAAGGAAGAAGUGUUUUGGAUGAUGAUAGUGAUAAUGAUGGUGAGCCCAAUGAAUACAAUUUGAAUGACAGCUUUAUAGAUGAUGACGAAGAGGAAGAAGAGUGUGACCCUACUGAUGAAGACUCUGACUGGGAGCCAGAUUUUGAAGACAAGGAUGAUGAAGAUGUUGCCACACUUCUGAAAGAAGCACAGAAGAUUGUUAAAAGCAAUAAGUAGUUGUACAUAUAUUGCAAAUGUAGUGCACAAUUCAGUUGAAAUACAUGAAACGUCCUGAAUUCAAUUUAGUUUAAAUGAUUCACUUUAACCCUUAAAUCAAGUUGGCAUAAAUGUUCUCUUGAUUCUGUCCCUUGCAUUUAAGAAGACAAGAGGCAAUUUGGAAGACAGUCAAUAAUAAUUUAUUGAUACCAAUUUAUAUCUCAAGAUAUUGAGACCAAAUAGAUUGGUUAAUGAACAAAAAUAUAUUGGUCAGGUUGAGAGAGCUUACUCCAACUCAAUUAGUGUGAAGGGGAUGAAAGCAUUUAAAUCUGGCUCAGUAGUGCCAGUUGAGUGGUAAUUUCCCCUCUAAGAAUAGUGGUUUAGAUGAGCCUUUACCUCGAAAUCAUCUCUUAAAUUUUGCACUCAUGUAAAUCUUAAAUGCUGUUUUCUCACAGCUGGUAAUGUCUGAGAGAAAGUCGUGUAUCUUGAGUUGUAACACUUAACACUACUGAUUUUAAUGCCUGAUGUACUGUGCCACAUACGGCAUUGAGGCUUAAACUAGGAAGUUCAUGUUAAAUGAAGGGAACAUUAUGUUGCAUAUAAGUAAUCAUCAUAUACGGUAGAUCAUGACAGUUUUAGAUGGACAGUUAAACCAAGUUGGAAUUUGGUUCAUUAGUUGCCAAACUGGUAACCAGGCUGUAAACAAUCACUGUCUUUCAUAUUCCAGCUAAUAAUACAAACGGCAUUUGUUUUCUCUCUGUAUUUCAGAAAAAGGUUUAUAAAUUUAUGAUGAAAGCAA